CUCGUUGUCAGGGAACAAAAUGGCGUAUUACUGUUUGACUGUCACUAGGCUACGGCUGGCCCUCGGGCCCGGGGCCCGGAGGGUCCACGUCGCCGCGGCCCUCAGGGCCCGGGCUCAGGUCUCCAUGAGCCGCUUCGAACCGGACUCCUUCGUCAACUACGAGAAGAUGAGCAAGAACAUUGGCAUCGUUCGCAAGAGGCUGGGCCGGCCGCUCACGCUGUCGGAGAAGAUCGUGUACGGCCACCUGGACGACCCGGCGGGCCAGGAGAUUGAGCGCGGCCGCACCUACCUGCGGCUGCGGCCGGACCGCGUGGCCAUGCAGGACGCCACGGCCCAGAUGGCCAUGCUGCAGUUCAUCAGCAGCGGGCUGCCUCGCGUCGCCGUCCCCUCCACCAUCCACUGUGACCACCUGAUCGAGGCCCAGACCGGGGCGGACAAGGACCUGCAGCGGGCCAAGGAUGUAAACAAAGAAGUCUACAACUUCCUGGCAACUGCCGGAGCCAAAUAUGGAGUUGGCUUCUGGAAGCCCGGGUCGGGGAUCAUCCACCAGAUCAUCCUGGAGAACUACGCCUACCCCGGCGUGCUGCUGAUCGGGACCGACUCCCACACGCCCAACGGCGGCGGCCUGGGCGCCAUCUGCAUCGGGGUGGGCGGGGCCGACGCCGUGGACGUCAUGGCCGACAUCCCCUGGGAGCUCAAGUGUCCCAACGUGAUCGGGGUGAAGCUCACCGGCAGCCUCUCCGGCUGGACGUCCCCCAAGGACGUGAUCCUGAAGGUGGCCGGCAUCCUGACGGUGAAGGGGGGCACGGGGGCCAUCGUGGAGUACCACGGGCCCGGGGUCGACUCCAUCUCCUGCACAGGGAUGGCCACCAUCUGCAACAUGGGCGCUGAAAUCGGAGCCACCACCUCGGUGUUCCCGUACAACCACCGCAUGAGGACCUACCUGGAGAAGACCGGCCGCAGGGAGAUCUCUGCGGUGGCGGACUCCUUCCACCAGGACCUGGUCCCAGACGAGGGCUGUGAGUACGACCAGGUGGUGGAGAUCAACCUGAGUGAGCUGAAGCCCCACAUCAACGGGCCCUUCACCCCGGACUGGGCCCACCCCGUCUCCGAGAUCGGGGCCACGGCUAAGAAGAACGACUGGCCCCUGGAGGUUAAAGUGGGUCUGAUCGGCAGCUGCACCAACUCGAGCUACGAGGACAUGGGCCGGGCUGCGUCUCUGGCCAAGCAGGCGCUGGACAAGGGGCUCCGCUGCAAGUCUGAGUUCACGGUGACCCCUGGGUCGGAACAGAUCAGGGCCACCAUCGAGAGGGACGGAUACGCCCAGAUCCUGAGAGACGUUGGCGGGGUGGUCCUGGCCAACGCGUGCGGGCCCUGCAUCGGCCAGUGGGACAGGAAGGACGUGAAGAAGGGAGAGAAGAACACCAUCGUCACGUCCUACAACCGCAACUUCACCGGCCGGAACGACGCCAACCCCGCCACGCACGCCUUCGUAACCUCCCCAGAGGUCGUCACGGCGAUGGCCAUCGCCGGCACGCUGGACUUCAACCCGGAGACGGACUUCCUGACGGCGGCCAACGGGGAGAAGUUCAGGCUGCAGCCGCCCACCGGAGACGAGUUGCCGUCCCGGGACUUCGACCCAGGCCAGGACACCUACCAGCACCCCCCCCCCCAGGGGGCCAGCGUCAAGGUGGACGUCAGUCCCUCCAGUAACCGCCUGCAGCUUCUGGAGCCGUUCGACCGCUGGAGCGGAACGGACCUGGAGGAGCUCAGGGUGCUGAUCAAGGUGAAAGGGAAGUGCACCACGGACCACAUCAGCGCGGCGGGGCCUUGGCUCAAGUUCCGGGGCCACCUGGACAACAUCUCCAACAACAUGCUGAUCGGAGCGGUGAACACGGAGAACGACGGCGUCAACAGCGUCAAGAACCAGCUGACGGGGCAGUACGGGGGGGUGCCGGAGGUGGCCCGCCACUACAAGGCGGAGGGCGUGGGCUGGGUGGUGGUCGGGGAUGAGAACUACGGCGAGGGCUCCAGCCGGGAGCACGCCGCCCUGGAGCCACGCCACCUGGGGGGGCGCGCCAUCAUAGUCAAGAGCUUCGCCCGCAUCCACGAGACCAACCUGAAGAAGCAGGGCAUGCUGCCCCUGACCUUCGCCGACCCCCAGGACUAUGACAAGGUCGGCCCUGAGGACACGGUCUCCAUCCAGGGCCUGGAGUCCUUCAGCCCCGGGAAGCCCCUGACAGCGGUCCUGAAGCACGCCGAUGGCAGCCUGGACUCCAUCUCCCUGAACCACACCUUCAACCAGCCCCAGAUCGAGUGGUUCAAGGCGGGCUCCGCCCUCAACCGCAUGAAGGAGCUCCAGUGAGGAGGGGGACGGAGGGAGGGGGGGGGGGGGGAGGUGAUGAGGGGAGGGGGGGAUGGGUUCCAUGGGGUAGCAGAAAAGCUUUGACGAGCAGAGCUGUCUGACUAAAUAAAUUUGUUAGGAAAACCUAGUGUGGACGGGAGUGAGGUGGAAGAUGACCGCCGCGUUGCUCUGGGUUUGCUGUUUAGGUGUACGGAGUCUUUAGACGCACACGCACGCUUGCUGUAAAAAUUAAAAGCGCACACAUUCACUCACACAGGCAAACGCACAACACACCGAUGAGACGACAACGAAAGCACUCCAGGGCAGGACGCACACAUACACAGCUUUGUCGACGUUAGCUUUGCAUGAACUGUUUCCCACCUUCGUCUGAAUCUCGUUUGCUCGGCUUAGUGACUAGUGCUCACCCAGCUCUCGAUGGAGAAGCAUACACAAACGGGCACACACACAUACAUGCACACACAUACAUACGCACACAUACAUACGCACACGCAUAUACGCGCACACAUACAUGCACACGCACACACAUACAUGCACAAACGCACAUACAUGCACGCACACAUACACACACACAUAGACGCACACAUACGCACACACCCUGAUGGCCACUCCAGGGUUCGUGCUAGUCUCGGCUAGUUUGUUCUCCAGUGCAAUAAGCAUAGUAUUGCUCGACCGAAUACAAAGGCUGCAUUCUCCUCGGACCGUCCUCCAUUAUGGCAGCAGUGAAGACAAAGCCAUGUUGUAUUGAUCGUGGUCCGCUGCUCUCCCUCCUCACUGUUCUCUCCCUGAUCUCGCUGCGGUUCCAAACCCUCCCAUGAUGCACUUGGACCUUGGGCCGCAUUCAAAGGCCCGUUGAUUACUGUCUCCUCGCUCAACCCAACGCACAAUCCAGCGUCCCGCAGCCCGGGCGCGGGACGUAGUUCAGCUUCACGCAGCUUUCAUUCUCUUAAACAUUUCAAACUCAAAACAUUCUCGUGUGUUGUUGAGAUAUGCUGGUUGUAGAGGAAACACCACUCAUCUGAAUCACUUUAUUUAAACAACACAAAUGGUAUAUAAUCUAUGUUUGGUCCUUCAUGUUAAUAUCUUAUAUAUUGCUGCACUAUGUACAUUUAAAGGUAUAUAUGUGAUAUAAAGUCUCCUCCCAAGAGGUUCCCUAUCUCCCUCUUACACUUGAAUAUUCAUGAUAACGAGCCACUGGUUUUAACGAGUCCUACCAGAAACACAACAGGAUGUCAAGCGGUCCUGGGUGAUGAGUUCGAUCUGUGUGGGCUAUCUCUGUUGAACUGAAUGACGAGUUGCUGAUGUGUGAAUAACUGAAAAGUUUGGAUUUUACUUUUGUUUAUUUUACAUUUUUAUAUUCAAUUGUCCGAGGUUUGGAUUUCCAGCUCGUUAAAUGUAUGAAGAGCGAAGCAAGUAAUGUGAAGUGAUAACUGGCCCUCCCCAAAGCCGUUGGUCGGUGAUCAGUACUCCGUUUAUGUCCUUUAUUUAAUGCAGUGAUUGCCGAAAAUGCCUCCACUAACAACUAACACCUGUACGCACAAUCACCCCAAUGUACCAAAAAAGUAUAAUUAUGUUUUUUGUUACAAUUCCCAUCUUCCUGGUUUAAAUUGUCUUUCAGUGUUUGUGAUCGCAGAACCUGUAAAAGGCAGAACAUAGAAGCAGAAUCUGUAGAAGUAGAACCUGUAGAAGCAGAACACAAAGAAGCAGAACACAUAGAAGCAGAACCUGUAGAAGCGAUCGGCUCCUCUCCAUCAGUCUGUUCAGAGCUCUAAAUGUGACCGAUGAGACGUUAGCCCCCAUAUCGUUGUGUUUGUCCUCAGCUGUGAUGUUUCCAGUGAGCGAUUUGUCGUUUGGAGAUUAAAUAAAGUCAUAUUACUAAUGGGACUGAUCUCAUCAGAAAUAGAUGCAUUAAUCCAACAUGACCAGCUUUAGUGAUUGUCCUGUGAUCUAAUGGGUAAACAUUAAGUUCCAACCAGAGUUCUCCUGCAGUGCCAUCGCUUGUCAGGUUCACCGUGAGAUUAACGCACUUGCAAUAUACAUGUUACAAUAAUUAUUAAAGAUUACAUUAUAUUUA